AUGCGCCACACUAAAACCUUUACCGCUGCCUCUCUGGCCCUGUUGACGAGUGCAGCUGCUCAAUCCGCUGAUCCUGGUCUUGGAGUAAACUCCAACGCGCAGGGUGCGACGGAACAGGUCACGCCUGGUGCUGGUCCAAACGGUUCUGAGGACUGGUUGAACACUGGAAUCGAUGGCGACGGUUGGAAUCCCCCAUUCAUGGCCCUCGGCGAUAUUAUCCACGUCGAUUUAAACACCUUUUACAGUGGAUUUGGCUCGCCGUGCCAGCAGUAUGACCAGUACUUUCAAAGCGCAGGGUCUCAAUACAACGUCGAUCCAGUGAUACUCGCUAUCAUUGCCAUGCAAGAAUCCUCCUGCAACGCUGAUGCAGGAGGGCCGACUCCCGGCCUAAUGCAGGUUUCCUGUGACAACUAUCCCAACGGAGUGUGUACCGAUAGCAUCCAGGACAACGUCAACGCCGGAACCAAUUACCUCGUGAGCCAGAUAAGCGCCUUCAACGGCAACGCUAUCGAGGCAUUCGGUUCCUACAAUGGAUGGUUCACCGCGGGAAAUGGAUUGAACAAUAACCAGGGCUUGACAACCAGCUACCCUUGUUCCUCAGAAGGUCAAUCAAACGGGGAGCCUCAGAACCUCGAUUACCUCCAACAGAUAUUCAAUGGCUGGAUGAUGGGCCUGGAUGUUUAUGGCGAUGAUUCUUGGAUUGGCGAAUACCAGUGUGCGGGCCAGUGCAAUGGAAAUAAUCUCUGCUAA